CAUGCGCACGACGAUCCCAUUCUUGACCUGCAGGCAGCAUUCCGGGUGGAGAGAGAAAGAGAAAGGCGGACGAGGUUUUGAGGCCAAAGACGGCAUAUUUAAACUGAGAAACGCCAGCUGAAUGUCCGAACCAGCCGCGGCGUUUGAGCAGGAUAUGGUCACCCAGACAGACACUCAUUAACUGGGGCUGCUUUUGUUUAGCUGUCGUUCUCGCUGCUUUGAGCAGUGGGGCAUUGCUAGCAGCCAGCCAGUCAUUCGCAUAGGGAGACUGAGGAAGCCAGGAUGAUGGAGCCCAGCAUGGAGAGCUGCCUGGCCCAGGUCCUGCAGAAGGACAUGGGCCGCCGGCUGCAGGUGGGCCAGGAGAUCAUUGAUUACUUCCUGGACGAGGAGAAGUCCCACGACUUGGAGCAGGAUCAGACAGCACUGGACAAGAUGGUCGACGGCAUUGGCAGCUCCUGGAUCAACUCCAGCAACUUCAAGGUGGCUCUGCUCGGCUUGGACCUCCUAUCUGCCUUAGUGACGAGGCUCCAGGAGCGGUUCAGGGCCCACGUGGGAACCGUUCUGCCAAGCCUCAUUGAUCGAUUGGGAGACGCUAAAGACCAAGUGAGAGACCAAGACCAAACAGUGCUGCUGAAGAUCAUGGAACAAGCUGCCAGCCCGCAGUAUGUGUGGGACAGGAUGCUGGGGGGCUUCAAGCACAAGAACAACAGGACCAGAGAAGGAGUGUGCCUUUGUCUCAUCGCCACGCUGAGCACGUAUGGGGCUCAAGGCCUGACCCUCAGUAAGAUUGUUCCCCACAUAUGUAACCUCCUGGGGGACCCCACAAGUCAGGUACGUGACGGGGCUAUGAGCUGCUUGGUGGAGAUCUACAGACACGUGGGCGAGAGGGUGAGGCUGGAUCUCUGCAAAAAGGGCCUGCCCCAAUCAAGGUUGAAUGUAAUCUUCAGCAAAUUUGAUGAAGUUCAGAGAUCCGGGAAUAUGAUGUCAUCCUCUGCUUCUGAUAAGAACUUUGAGGAUGAGGACUCUGUGGAUGGAGGCCGGUCCUCCUCCUCGACAUCCUCCAAAGCGCCCCCCAGUGGCAGGAGGCCGGUAGUGACCUCUGCUCGACGACCCAGCUCAGCCACCACAACCAAGGCCACAGCUAAAGAGGCAGCAGCCGGGGCUGUUGAUGAAGAGGAUUUUAUUAAAACCUUUGAAGACGUGCCCCCAGUCCAGAUCUACUCCAACAGAGAGCUGGAGGACCAGCUGGGCAAGAUCAGGGAAGUGCUGUCAGACGACAAACACGACUGGGAGCACCGAGUGGUCGCGCUGAAGAAGGUGCGUUCUCUCCUGCUGGCCGGGGCCACUGAGUACGAGGGUUUUCCUCAGCAGCUGCGUCUCCUGGAGGCUCCCCUCAAGCUGUCGGCUAAAGACCUGCGCUCACAGGUGGUCCGAGAGGCCUGCAUUACUCUGGGACAUCUGUCAUCCAUACUGGGAAACAAGUUUGACCACGGCGCGGAGAGCAUCAUGCCCACCCUGUUGAACCUCGUGCCCAACAGUGCCAAAGUUAUGGCCACGUCCGGAGUGGCCACCAUUCGCCUCAUCCUCAGGCGCACACACUACCCUCGUCUCAUCCCCAUCAUCACCAGCAACUGCGCCUCCAAAUCAGUGGCAGUCAGGCGACGCUGCUUUGAGUUCUUAGACCUCAUGCUACUUGAGUGGCAAACUAAUACACUGGAAAGACACGUGGCUGUUCUGACGGAGACCAUCAAGAAAGGCAUACACGAUGCCGACUCUGAGGCCAGAUCCAUCGCAAGAAAGUGCUAUUGGGGUUUCCAUGGUCACUACAGCCGGGAGGCAGAGUAUCUCUUCCAGGCGCUGGAGUCCACCUAUCAGAAGGCCCUCCAGUCUCACCUGAAGGGCUCUGACAGCAUUGUGUCUCUGCCCCAGUCGGACCGCUCGUCCUCGUCCUCCCAGGAGAGUCUGAACCGUCCGUUCUCUGUGAAGAGUGUCAUCGGAGGAAGCAUUACAAGGAGUAAGCUGGUGAGCAGCAGGGCGUCGACCACGUCGGGUUCUCUCCAGCGCUCCCGCAGUGACAUCGAUGUGAACGCCGCCUCCAGCGCCAAGUCCCGUGUGUCCGCCGUCCCUGUCUCCUCGCCCUUCGGCUCUGCGGCUGCCCUCCCCCCAGGGUCCUACGCCUCAUUAGAUGGCACUCCGGGUAAAAGUGAUGGUCGCGUUCGUACCAGGAGACAGAGCUCGGGCAGCGUGGGCGGAGCCAGUCCUUCAGUGGUGGACAGCAGGGGGCGGAGCCGAGCCAAAGUGGUCUCGCAGUCGCAGCGAUCCAGAUCAGCCAAUCCCAUCAAUGCCGGCAGCCGCUCCAGCUCUCCGGGCAAGCUGCUCGGCCAUGGCAGCUACGGCCGGAUCCCUCGAGCCACGCUGUCGGCCUCCACCACGCCAGCGGAGAAGCGCACCAGGAUCCCUCGCAGCCAGGGCUGUAGCCGCGAGACCAGCCCCAGCCGCCUGGGCCUCGCCAGCCUGUGUGUUAAAGCUCUUCCUGCUGCUCUUCCCUACCGCACGCUAGCCCGGAGCCGCAUUCCCCGCCCCAGCAUGAGUCAGGGUUGCAGUCGCAACACCAGUCGCGAGAGCAGCCGCGACACCAGCCCCGCUCGGGGCUUCACUCCUCUGGCGUCCCGACGUCACUCCCGUUCAACCAGUGCUCUCUCCACAGCCGACCCCCACGGCCAGUCAGAUCGAUACGGUUUAAUCCACCAAGCAAGGAUCUCGGCUUCAGUCAACGCCAUGAGGGUCCUGAACACGGGCACAGAGGUGGAAGCAGCAGUUGCUGAUGCUCUGCUAUUAGGAGACUCCAGGAAUAAGCGAAAGCCACUGAGGCGGAGGUACGAGUCGCCCGGCAUGUACUCUGACGACGAUGCCAACAGCGACGCCUCCAGCGCCUGCUCAGAGCGCUCGUACGGCUCGAGGAACGGAGGCAUCCCCCAUUACCUGCGGCAGACGGAGGACGUGGCCGAGGUCCUCAACCACUGUGCCAGCUCCAACUGGUCCGAGAGGAAGGAGGGCCUGCUGGGCCUGCAGAACCUCUUCAAGAGCCAAAGAAUAUUGAGCCGAGUGGAGCUGAAGAGACUUUGUGAGAUCUUCACCAGGAUGUUUGCAGAUCCACACAGCAAGGUGUUCAGCAUGUUCCUGGAGACUCUGGUGGACUUUGUCACAGUACACAGGGAGGACCUUCAGGACUGGCUCUUCGUCCUGCUCACUCAGCUGCUGAAGAAGAUGGGGGCUGAUCUGCUGGGCUCCGUCCAGGCCAAAGUCCAGAAGGCUCUGGAUAUCACGAGGGAGUCCUUCCCAUUUGACCAACAGUUCAACAUUCUGAUGAGGUUCAUCGUGGAUCAGACUCAGACCCCCAACCUGAAGGUGAAGGUGGCCAUCCUGAAGUACAUUGAGUCCCUGGCUCGGCACAUGGACCCGACGGACUUUGUGAACUCCAGCGAGACGCGCUUGGCUGUAUCUCGCAUCAUCACCUGGACCACUGAACCCAAAAGCUCUGACGUCAGGAAGGCGGCCCAGGUGGUGCUCAUCUCUUUGUUUGAGCUCAACACCCCGGAGUUCACCAUGCUGCUGGGAGCUCUGCCCAAAACCUUCCAGGAUGGGGCCACCAAGCUGCUGCACAACCACCUGAAGAACUCCAGCAACACCAGCAGCGGCGUGGGGUCUCCUGGCAACACCAUGGGCCGGACGGCAACACGCCACGCCCCCAGCAGAACCAGCCCGCUCACCUCUCCGACAAACUGUUCCCAUGGAGGACUGUCUCCAAGUCGGUUAUGGGUUUGGGGUGUUGACGGACUCUCAAAGCAUCCCCCUGCCCCUCCUCCUCCUCCGCCCCACUCCACCCCUGCUGCCCCCUCCCUAAGGGUCCUACGCAGAGCAUAUUCACCCAGCAUGACAGAGUACGACACAGAGAACAUGAACUCUGAGGAGAUCUACAGCUCUCUGCGCGGCGUCACCGAGGCCAUCCAGAGCUUCAGCUACCGCAGCCAGGAGGACCUGAACGAGCCGAGCCGCCAGGAGGGCAGGAGGGACGACGCCGUAGGCAGAGAGGGCGUGGCCUCCUCCAUGGGCUCCGACGCCCGCCUCGGCCUCGACGUUGUGGAAGGGGGCCGCACCGCCUUGGACAACAAGACCUCCCUGCUUAACACGCCGUCGGCCCGCUCCUUCUCGGGGCCGCGGGGAAGGGAGUUCGCUCCCUAUGGCCACGGAGACACCAUCUGCUCGUACGGCAAGAGCGCCCUGAAGGAGGCGGUGUUUGAUGACGACGUGGAGCAGUUCAGAGACGGGCGACGUCAGGAAAGUGGUGAAAACAAGAUGACGAUCCCCAAGGUCUUUGCUCCCGCAAUCGGUCACGACCGCUCGGACCUGGUGGCCGACCUGCUCAAGGAACUGUCCAAUCACAACGAGCGAUCCGAGGAGCGGAAAGGCGCCCUGGUGGAGCUGCUGAAGAUCACACGGGAGGACAGCCUAGCUGUGUGGGACGAACACUUCAAAACCAUCCUCCUGCUCCUGCUGGAGACGCUCGGGGACAAAGACCACACCGUCCGAGCGCUGGCCCUGCGUCUGCUGAAGGAAAUCCUGAGGAACCAGCCAGCCCGCUUCAAAAACUAUGCUGAGUUAACCAUCAUGAAGACCCUGGAGGCUCACAAAGACUCUCACAAAGAGGUGGUGCGUGCGGCCGAGGAGGCGGCCUCCACCCUGGCCGGCUCCAUCCACCCGGAGCAGUGCAUCAAGGUGCUGUGUCCCAUUGUGCAGACAGCCGACUACCCCAUCAACCUGGCCGCCAUCAAGAUGCAAACCAAAGUAAUUGAACGCAUCGCCAAGGACUCGUUACUGCAGCUGCUGCCCGACAUCAUCCCCGGACUCCUGCAGGGCUAUGACAACACAGAGAGCAGCGUUCGCAAGGCCAGCGUGUUCUGUCUGGUGGCGAUCUACUCUGUGAUUGGCGAGGAUCUCAAACCCCACCUAGCACUGCUCACGGGCAGCAAGAUGAAGCUACUGAACCUGUACAUCAAGCGAGCGCAGACGACCAACAGCAACAGCAGCAGUUCCUCGGACGUCUCCUCUCACAGCUGAUGGAGGACGUCUCCGUCUCCCAGCUCCCCCUCCCUGUCCUCCUCCCAGCUGAAUCUCCACCGUCAGCAACCUGUUCGUCAUGUAGGCAACCCCCCAAGCCCCGCCCCCCCCAGCCCGCUAGGAUCUUUUUGAAUGUAACAGUGGUUUGGGGGGAGGGAAUCUACACAUUUGAAGUUUUUGGAUGCACCUUCUCUUCCUCUAUGGUUUCCUCGACUCCCACGCCGCCUUCAGUGUGUGGAAGCCCCCAAACGGGAGGCCGAGGAAUACUGGUGAUCAUAGUGGAGACGUCCUGUCGGAUCCACCACAGUUUGGGAUGAAAUGUCAUUUGGCUGGCCCAGUGAUGCUAAUCAGCCCGCUUGCUGUGGGAUCAUUUCUGGUUUGGGGAGCAUGAAAACCAAAUAUUGAAAGAAAUGUGUAAGCAAUGUGCUCGAGAAACAGUGUUUUAGUUCAUCUUUUAAGUGACCGUGGCCCAUAGAGGCCUGGCCAUCGAUCGUAGUCUUUCUUUUUCAUGCUUGCUUGUCUUUUAAAUCUCCAUUUCACAAAAACCCUCUACACCCAACAAGUUGCCUAAAUCUUUGAGCUACAGAAUUGACAAUCCUUCAAAUUUUUGCGCAGAACUUUGUUUGAAGAGGAAGUCCUUUGUAUAUUUUCCCUGCUUGGAGACAAGUGAUCAGUCACAAAGACACUACCGGCCUUACUCACUGGCACACGUGUUCCAGUGGACCUUCAGACCUGGACAGUGUUCUCAACCUGUGACCAUGCAAAUUCAGUAUUAAUGUUUCCUUCAGUCAGCCCCCCCCCCACACAAGUAACCUUCAGCUUCUGCAAUAAAUCCACCAUAUAAGGUGUUUUGUACAUACACAGUUUGACCGCCGCUUUGACAUCGUUAAACAAAGAGGGAAACGCUUGCAUGUGACCUGCAGCACACGCCCACCAAAAUGUGCUUAUUUAAGUUAAUAGAAAUCCUACACCUUUUAUUCUUAUUUAUUUCAGUGUUAAGUAUAAACUAACGAGAAGCUAUCAAAAUCUUUUAGUUGCAGGUAGUUUGCCCCUUCUGGAAAUGAUUUACACCGUCAUCAUCUACUCAUUAUGCCUUUUAAUGUUCAUGAAAUACAAGCGCACUGUUUAGUUGAGCGGGGGCCAAUUGUUGUUAUUUAAGUAAAUGAAUGUACAGACGUAUUAUGUGUUAGCUUUUUAAGCAUUUGGUACCGAAUGGAAUGAUUUAUGCUCCUCCCCCCCCCCCCCCCCGUGUGGGAGCAUUAGUCACUGCUGCUCUCUAUGCAUGUUCUACAGUACACUGUCAUGUAUUUAUAUAUUUCAUUUGACUUUGUCCUCAUGAUAAACUGCACAGAAGGGUUUUUGUUGUUGCUGUUAACUUCAACCUGUCAUAGGUUUGCAACAAUGUAAACGAACUGCUCUAGAAAUAAACACACGUAAGAACUGA